GACGGUCACGACCGGCAGCAAGGUGCAGCUUUGUGGCAAAGGGGCAGCCUCGAUCCCUUCGUCAGCACCGAGUGGCUGGUUCGGACUAGGUGGACGCUUCGUUCCUCCGGACCUGCUGACGCGGGAGGGAGUCACGGCCAGCUACGUCACCAAGGAGGUUCUCUUAGGGGUGACCAUCGGCUUUGCCCAGGUGCCGGAGUCCGUGGCCUUUGCCUUCUUGGCCCACGUCCGGCCUCACGUGGCGCUGCAUGCGGCCUGGAUCAUCGGACUAUUCUGCAGUCUCCUCGGGGGCAGGCCGGGAAUGGUGAAUGGGGCGACCGGUGCUUUCGCCGCGAUCAUCGCCACCUUCCUCCCGGCGCCGAGCACUCCAGGUGGCAACGGCGAACAUGUCGAACUUCUUUUCCCCUCCGUCAUGCUCGCAGGGCUCUUCAUGCUGGCGGCCAGUGCCUGCAAUCUCUCCAGAUUCAUUCUCCUGCUGCCUGCGCCAGUCAUGGUUGGGUUCUGCAAUGGUCUCGCCAUUGUCAUCGGCAUGGCCCAGCUUCAUCCUUUCCAUGACGAGUCCUCGGAAAGCGGCUGGAAGGGCGGCUACGAGCUGUUGUGGAUGCUGGUCAUUACUGUCAUGGCCAUGGCCACCAUGGAGUUCCUUCCCAAGGUUCCGCUGCAGAUCUUCAAGAUCAUCCCUUCCUCGCUCAUGGCGAUCCUCGUAUCGAUUCUCAUCGAGUUUGCCAUUGUCCGGCCUCUGGGGUGGAGGACGGACACCAUCGGUGAUGUGAGCGAGUUCACGUCCGAGACCGCCUUUCCCAUCCCCUUCUUCGUGAACCAUCCCUCCACUGGUUACAACCUUCACGGCAUCAUCGAGUCCUGGACCUCCCUGCAGAACAUCCUCGUCCAAGGC